AUGACGACACCGGUCGACGAACGGCCAGAGCCGACAUAUGUCCAUCCCCAUGCCGGCUUGAACAACGCCAAUGCCUCGAUAGCUGGUAGACCUUCCACCAGCACCGAGCGACCACCUCUGCCUUCAUAUAAUGUCAACAACACCUCGUCGCGGACCCCCAGCCGCGAUGUCAACUCGACCGAAGAGAACACCGUUUUCGGUGAUUCCGAGGAGCAUGCGAAGCUCCACCAUGAUCAUCUCGGCGAUGAGCUUCCACCAACUACACGCCCACGAGGUCAAAGCUACCUGACAGUCAAGACCGCAGAAGUCAGCAACGAACAUGGCGACCCGCUCAGUGCCCUUCACUCUCCUUCGUGGGUCCGGGAGCAAUCUUCUCGCCUCGUGGAUGAUUUGGAGAUGCUCAAGGUUGAGCAACAGAUCUCGCGCGAGGCUUCCACCCGGACUGGUCUCCACCAAACAAAAUCACGUCGCCACGAAGAGCCCAUCGACGAUUUCGACGAAGCCACAAACCCGGUCCACGAGAAAACCCAGGUGUACAAGCCGGUGGAGAACCCGUCGACCGGCUUCGCCAAGUUCAUGAAGAAUGUGCACGCCUCCAACUUUCUCAUCCGUUAUCUCACAUAUAUCGCACCGCUCACGCUCAUCCUGCUCAUUCCCCUGCUGGUCGGCGCUCUCCAGUACAAGAAUCUGACGGUCGGAGGCGUCUAUCUCAUGUGGUUUAUGAUCUGGCUCGAGAUUGUCUGGUUGACCCUCUGGGCCGGACGCAUCCUGGCCAAAUGUCUACCAGCACCCAUCGGACUCGUCGCCACUCUAUUCACCAACAACGCGAAGAAAUGGCGUGACAUGGGAAAACAACUGGAGUUGCCGGCCACCCUCUUCUUCUGGUGGCUCGCCAUUGAAAUUUCCUUCCUCCCGACUCUGACCAACCAUCAGAAGGACUUCCCCAAUGGAUUCAUUCAGCCAUGGAUGGACACCAUGAACAAAGUUUUGGUGUCAUUCCUCGUCGCUGCUGUGCUCAACUUUGUCGCCAAAAUCCUCAUUCAAUUGAUCGCCAUCAGCUUUCACCUGCGGACCUAUGCGGAUCGCAUUGAGAUCAACAAAUUCCAGAUCGGAUCCUUGGCGAAGCUCUACAAAUACUCCAAAGAGAAGAUUGCCAUGGAAGACGCCGAAUUUGAGCUUCCCGGCAAUGGUACCGCAUCGGGUGCACGCACACCCGGUGCCCUCAUCUCGGAAGCUGCGCGCACGGCGAAACACGGCUUGAAUGUUUUUGGGGAUGUGGCAGGCAAAGUCGCAGGCGACUUCACUGGCCGGAAAGUCACGAAGAGCACCCAUCCUGAUCAGGUCGUCCUGGCGCUCCUCCACACUCCCACCGGUUCGCAGGUCCUUGCUCGUCGACUCUACCGAACUUUUGCCAGAGAAGAGACGGAGACUGUUGUUGCAGACGACCUCCGCGAGGCUUUCGAUAACAACGACGAGGCGGACGCUGCGUUCACCAUGUUCGACAAAGACAUGAACGGGGACAUCUCCAUGGAAGAAUUGGAAGCUGUCUGCGUGGAGAUCGGCCGCGAGAGGAAAUCCAUCACCGCUUCGCUCAAAGAUCUCGACUCGGUCGUCGCACGCCUGGACGAUGUUUUCAUGUUCAUCGUCUUCGUCAUCGCGGUCCUCGUUUUGAUCUCACUCAUUUCGGUCUCUGCGGGUGCGGUCAUCACUUCGGCUGGAUCGACUGUCUUGGCUCUCUCCUGGCUCUUCAGCGCCACUGCGCAGGAGUUCCUCCAAUCGGUCAUCUUCGUCUUCGUCAAGCAUCCCUUCGAUGUGGGUGACCGUGUCACCAUCUACGGCAACACCGGAUCCAUGAUGCGAGGAGACGAUUAUUUCGUCAAGGAGAUCAGCUUGCUCUACACCGAGUUCAAGAAAAUGGAAGGCCACAUCGUACAGGCGCCCAACAGCUACCUCAACACGUUGUUUAUUCUCAACCAACGUCGGUCCGGGGGCUUGGCUGAGGCCGUCAGCAUCACCAUCAAGUUCGGCACCACUCUCGAACAGCUCGACGGCUUACGUGCGAGGCUGUUGGAGUUCGUCACCGCCGAAAAGCGUGAAUACCAAAGCAACAUCCUGACCGAGCUGCGAGAGAUCGACGAGGUCCACAGCAUGAAACUGAACGUCGUUUUCUUCUACAAGUCCAACUGGCAGAACGAAGGCCUCCGUCUGGCUCGCCGCAACAAAUUCAUCUGUGCCAUGAUGGUGACGAUGCAAGAACUAGGCAUCGAAGGCCCUCGUAUGCGUUACCCCGGUCAACGAGAGAGCUUCCCGCUAUAUAUGCAAAACAUCCCGCACACCACGACCGACGCCGGAUACGGAGGCCACCCCGACAAUCCUCACGGCCUAUCUCGCGUCAACGAGGCCCCCCAAGACGCACCCUUCGUGCCCCCUCUCUCCGACCAACAAGAAGAGGCCCUCGGCUCCAUGCCGCCCCCGUCCUCGACCUCCCUCGCCCGCGGCGGCUCCAUCCUCCGCGCCCCGAGCGCCCGCACCACCCGGCCCCGCGGCGAAUCCCUCGCCGCCAUGAACCGCCGCGUCGACUUCAGCCUCGGCAUGCGCGACGCCGCCGCCACCAUGGGCGACUCCUACGGCGACGUGUACGAGGACCGCGCCCGCAUGCAGAUCCCCCUCCAGGUCUCCGAGGCCUCCCGCGACCGCGCCGUCCGCCAGGCCUCCCUCGAGCGCAGCAAACUCUCCUCCCCCGCCGCCUUCGACCCUCACUCCGCCACCACCGCCCAGACCACCUCCCGCGAGCACCUCCCGCUCGGCAACCUCGCCCGCCGCUCCACCGAAAGCGCCAGUCGCUGGGCCAGCGGCGCCGCCGCCGCCCGGCGGGGCUCCAACGCCUCCAACGCGGCCGCGGCCGCCUCCGCCAGCGCCGCGACGACGCACCGCAACCGCUUCUUCGGUCGCUACAACCUGCACAGCACCAACGGCAACGGCACCUCCCUCGACGACGCCCUGGAAUCGGGCAUCAUGGCGGAGAUCCCCGAGGGCGCGACCCCGAGCGGGGGGAACUCCGCCGCGCGGACCACGCCCAUCACCCCGAUCGAUCCCCGCUCCGGCACGGUCUCGAGCCGGGGGUGGAGGGCCGAUGAGAGGACGCCUGGGAAUGGGAAUGGGAAUGGCGAUGAGGUCGAAAUGAAGAAGUUGUAG